AUGAAAGGUGAGAUAGUACAAAUGAUUCAUGAAUUCUAUGCAAAUGCAAAACUAUCCAGUGGGGUAAAUAGCUCCUUCAUUAUGCUGGUACCCAAGAAGGAUAAUCCUAUAGGCUUGGGUGAUUAUAGGCCAAUUAGCUUGGUUAGCUCCAUCUGUAAGAUCUUGGCCAAGGUAUUAUCUAGAAGGUUGAAGCAGGUGCUUCCAGAGGUGAUCAGUGAGGUGCAAUCAGCAUUUGUCUGUGGUAGGCACAUCCUAGAUGGUGUGUUGAUAGCUAAUGAAGUUAUACAUGAGUGGCACAGCGCUAAGAAGAAAGCUGAAGGUCUAAAUCUGUUAUUGAAGAGGGCCAUAGAGGUGGGUCUGAUUAAAGGUGCCACUAUAGGCUUGGAUCACUUGGGAAUUUCUCAUCUUCAAUUCGCAGAUGACACUAUCAUUUUUUGUAAAGGGGCUAAGGAGGAAGUUCUGAAUAUCAAGAGAGUUUUGAGGUGCUUUGAGGUGAUGUCUGGAUUAAAGAUCAACUUCCACAAAAGCUUUGUCUAUGGGGGUUGGGUAUAA